CUCCCUUCAACUCUUCUCAUCUGAGUCUUCUAUGUCAAUUCAAAUUCUCCACUCUUUAUUGCUCUGAAGGUGUACCAGUACGUGUCAGAACUCAGAAGCCAUGGCCACUCGACGGAAAAGGUGUCCAGGCACCAAGAUCGGCGUGACAGCAGGCAACCACUCCAUCCCAAGAUUAAGCACCGAUUGACAGCUGCUUCCGCUCCUGCAGCCUUGGUCCCCAUUGGUGAACCCUGUGGUCCGAAUAUCCACCGUCCUGCACUAGUAGUCCCGCCAUCUACCAUGCUGACACUCUUAUUUUCCGGCUUAUUUCCUAUCCCCGAUGAUGACGUCGCCACAACCUAUACUAUCAUACCAUUUCAUUCCAUAUAUAUACCUCCUACUCGUGAGCCCAAAUCGACAGCCAGGAAACUCCAGCACAAUUCAUCAGCACCAUGGAAGCCUCCACACGCCAAUUCGCUCUCCCCCUCCAGGGCAAACUCGCGAUCAUCACCGGCGGAUCCCGCGGCAUCGGAGCCGGGCUCGCAUUGGAAUUAGCCCGACGCGGUGCGAAUAUCUGCAUCGUCUACGUUUCAGACGCCAGCAAGCAAUCCGUUAUCGACCUACAGACCAAUAUCCAGCAACUCCCUCAUAAGCCCACAACCUGGGCCUGUCAAGCCAAUCUCUCCUCCCCCACCGGCGCCCAAGAAGUGAUUACUCAACUCCGAUCCCAACUCCCCUCAGAUACCAGUCUCAAAAUCGACAUCCUAAUCAACAACGCCGCCGUCGAAACCGUCAACAGCAUGAAAGACGCGAGCGUCGACGAGUUCGACACGGUCUUUAACCUGAACGUCCGGGGGAGCAUGCUCAUGACCCAGGCCGUCAUCCCGUACCUCCCACCGAAGAGCCGGAUCAUCAAUGUGAGUUCUGUUGCGGCGAGAUUCGGCUUCAAGGGCGUUAGUUUAUAUACUGCAUCGAAGGCUGCGCUGGAGGGGUUCACGCGCGCCUGGGCGAGCGAGCUGGGGGAGAACGGGACGACGGUUAAUGCGGUGGCGCCGGGGCCGGUGCCGAGUGAUAUGUUGGAUAAUAUCCCCAAGAGCAUUGUGGAUAUGCAGAAGGCGACGACACCGAUUGAGCAACGACUAGGGACGACGGAGGAGAUUGCCAGUAUUGUGGCGUGGUUAGCCGGGCCGGAUGCCUCGUGGGUGACGGGACAGGUUAUCUCGGCCAGUGGGGGGUGGGUGAUGUAUUAACUGCGAUCUCUAUGGAUAUUCUGCGUCUAACCUAUCAUCAUUCCUGAUUCAUUCAUUGACGUCUCAGGUGAGCAAUGUACUUCAC